AUGUUUUAUUUUAAAAGCAUAUCCGAGUUGUAUUUUGUGAGGUGGCGUGCGAUUUGGGCGAAUGCGAGAAAUGGCGGACGGGCCGACGCUUGAGAUGGUCGAGAUUGGGCGAUUUUAAUGUAAGAAACGAGUGCGCGGGUUACAAUUAAACUAAACAAAGAACAUUUAUAUUCGUCAGUGGGCGCGCGCGGGGCGGUGAUAAAAAGCGCACACGAUAGUUGCGAGCGCGUCCGGCUCCGGCCGAUGGCAACCGAACUCGGUGCGGCGCAGCAGAUCAGAACGCCGAACGCAGCGACGGCGAGCAAGACCCAUGCGUACAACGCCGCCGAACGCCGCGAAUGUGCCCCGUGUGGUGUAGAAGCGAGUGUGGACCGUUCCGUGUUGAGUGUGCUGCUCUGCCAGCGCCAGCCAUCCCGUUCAGUGAGUGAUAAUGUCGGCGACGAAUCGCCGUCGCAACGCCGCCAGCGCCUAGCUCCUUCGCUCGUCGCUCACUAAACCGCCGGAGAGCGCACCAGCUAGCGUUAUUAUCCGCGUUAUCUCUCGCGGUGUGCACGCACGGGAGGCAUCUUUUUUUGUUUUUGUUAUCGCUUUGUGUGCCGUGUGCGUGCGUCUCCGCGGUGGCUGUGUGCGUGCGGCGCGACUCGCCAUCCAGUGCCUCCUACGUGCGGGCGCGUGUGCGUCGUGCUCCGUCCACCGAAAAUGUGCAGCACCAACGCCGUCGUCGGCGCGGUGGUGCCGCCGACGUUCUACGACGUCUGCCGUCUUUGUCUGUCGGUGCCCGCCGCCGACGACGCCGCGGCCGCGCCGAGGAUAUCGGUGUUUGCCGUCGACGAUGCGGCCGCGGCGGCUCACCACACGACGCCGAAGGUGCCAAUCUCCAAGAAGAUCAUGACGUGUCUGUCUAUUAUGGUUUCCGAACGUGACCAGUUACCUCAUGUCGUGUGCACGGAGUGCUACGAAAAAUUAGACGCGUUCUAUGACUUCAAAGAGAGGGCUAGUCGGGUGGACGAGGAGCUUGUUGCGUACAUCACACAGACACGUACUUGCACUGGAACGCAACAGGAAAAACUCAAGCAAUCAACGAUAUUAUUAGACGAAAUGCUAACGCGGCGAAAAUCUCCCAAGAAUCUCAAGGCGCAAACACAACCUUCAACUCAAUCAGAAACGAUAACAGUCGAGCCGGACAUCAAAUGCGAGCCGGUGGAUUACUACGACGAGGAGACCGACUCGAACGCAAUGGACGCGUCUUCCGUGCGAGAUCCUGGCGACUCGCGCCCUGCCACACCCUCGGAGCCGGCGGAUUUGUCGAGCCGCCGGCCGGAGAACCUCACCUGCGUGCCGGAGCUGCCGGAUUUCAUUAAGGACGAUGAUGCUGCGUCGGAUUACAGUAACAGUUCGGAUCCAGAGCGUCUGGAGGUGGAUAUGUCAGGAAUGGAAGAGCAUUCGAAUUCGACCACAACCUCGGCGCCUUCACCCACCGUCGACCAGCAUCAUCCGUACCUGCAGAAUCUGCAUCAUCAUGCCGAGCAACACGACACAUUAUGGCGUGCGCUGUCACAGAAUGGCCGCGCGACUGGUCCGUUAUCGGGUGAAGCCAGUCAUUUGCUGCGCAAGUUGAUAACGUGCAAGAAACUGGGCAUGACUAUCACACCAGCGCCGCCUUUUAAGAAUGCAGAGAAUGUCACCAAGGGGCCGACGAAGGAGAGCAAACCGAAUGGCGGGCGUCGGAAACAGACCUAUCCGACGAAGAUGGAGCCGGAGGAUGCUAAUUCCAGCCCUGCUAAUGAGAACGACGUGGAUGGGGAGUACGUGAAUGACUUUACCGGUAACAGCUCGUGGUGCAACAAUCUGCAGUUGGUGAAGAACGCAAAAGGAGGUGCGGGUAUGGCGCGACGGGUUGAUUUGGCGUGCACGAAUUGUGGGACGCAGACGACGACCAUCUGGCGACGCAACGUCAAGAACGAGAUGGUCUGCAACGCAUGUGGACUUUACUAUAAACUGCACGGCGUCGACAGGCCGCACACGAUGCGUCGCGACACGAUACACACUCGGCGUCGUCGACCCAAAGAUCAGGCGACUGAGAAACGUUCACGAAAAUCCAACAAUGCCAAUAACAACACGCCUGAAAUACCCGACUCGGAAGACGUGCUGCGUGCCUUGCGAAAACAGCUUCAACCCCAUUUGGUGAUGGCGUUGACGGGACAAAAAGUCCCUGUCACAGCGUCCAUGCAUCAGGGUGUUGAGGAUUAUCAAAAGUCGUUAUCAAACCACCAGUCUCCGUCGCAGUCGACGCAGGAAGGUGAAUCCGAGGACGAGAAUUACCGCGACCUGCCGCUGAAUCUCGUCGCGACGCAGAUGACCGAGACCGAAUCGCAUUGAUGCCGAUCUGCCGCGGUCCCGCUGCUUACCCACUCAUCAACUCGACUCGCCUCUGCACCCCUCACCCGUCGUUCAGUGCGGCACCAAGCAAUACUAGUUCGAACUCUUCAUGCCUGAGAAGUGUGGCCGAGGCGACACGCACUUUUAGUGAUAUUACCGACGACAUUAAACCUCUCGACGAAUCUCUACCGCAAGCGCAGCUCUCUAUUUUGUUGGAAGUCGGAGGCGGUACGGCGCACGACACGUGUGGGCAACACAGCAAAACCGCUCGUACUUACGCCGGAACGAACAAAAAUCGUAACUUAAAAUACUCAUACACUUGAUGAUACAGUUAAUUCGUUGCAGCGCGACGUAAACAAAAAACAAGAAAAAAAAAACCGGUAAGGCGAACGAAACAAAGAAAACGCAAAUACUUAAAAAAAAAUCACCGCGAUUGUGAUAAUCUUUUUCUUUUAAUUAAUAAUUUUAUGACUCGUAUGAGAAAGAGAACAUUAUUGUAAUAUUAACGUUAAUAACACUGUUUUAAUGUUUAACGAAUAGGGUUUACGUGAAAUCAUCAGUGAUGGUGUGUGGACAGAGCAGGAAGAACAAACCAAUUGCACAUUAGUAUUAUAAUUUAUGCUAAACACACACACACACACACACAUUUAAUAUUUUGCAGCUAUCUUUUAGGUAUUUAUAUUCUUUUUGAUACAUUAUUUGUAUUUGUAAUGCCAGUACCUCUACAGUUUCUUUAUCAUUACGUUUUUAUUUAUGAGUUACUUAAACAAAGCAACCAGAAGGUAUUCGAAAACAAAACACACAAGCAAGAAAAGAUACACACACACUGCAAUAUGAGAUUGGUAUUAUUUGCUGGAGGAGGUCGAAAGUACACGCCGCAAUACUCAUUUAUUUAUAAACGUGGUAAUUGACGAAAUUACUUAAUUUUAGUUGUCUAAGUAACAAUGAUUCGCUGCGAAUGCUUGUAUUGAACAAACUUUUACACACACUUCAAUCAAAUACAGGGUAUAGUAGGGGUGAAUUUUCGAACAAUUUGCAAUUUCGAGGACGGAAGCAGAAUACUCAACGUUUUUUUUUUUUAAUUUCUCAUCAGCGACAGCGAGGAAUCUCUCUCUCUCGUACACGUACACUAAACCUACUUUAAUUACGCUCGAACUUAAAUAUUUAUAUUUUAUUAUCGGUUUAAGCGAUGAACUUACAAUUUUAAAUAUGGAACUAACUGAGAACGUAUGACCAGUAACUAAAUACCUAAUAAGAGUAUUACCAAUAAUGUCUACUAUAACACUUUAGCAAUGUUUAAGUUUUUUGUGUCUUAAAUUUGAGUGUUUACGAAUACGCGCAGUAUUCGGAGGCCUAUUCGCGUACGCCGGACGCGACACGAGCGAAAACAAUACCAGUGUUAGAUUGAAAUGACAUUAUCUUUAAUUGAUAUUGUUAUAACGUUAAUUGUAAAUAUUAGACGAGGCGUGCUGAUGGACAGGCGGCACGAUUUACACCCAGUGGAACUCUUGUAGGGUUUAAAUAUUUCUCAUUUCGUUGGUUAGAAUCAGAAAAGUCUUUUGAUUUUUCCAUGUGUUGUUUGAUGGUAGCUUCCAUGGGGAACUAAAAACACGUUGUACAGAGCGGACGAACGCGACCGGCGAGUGCGCUUUUACGUUUUUUAUUCAGUAUUUUUAUACAUACACGUUUAGUAUUUGUAUUUGUGGUUGAAACGAUGCUUAUUAUUUAUUGGUUUUGAUGGAUCUGAUAGUAUUAACAAUCAAAAGUCAAGAAGAAUGUGCUCGAUCGGUUGCGAUUGUUCGGACGCUCUUUUAAGAGUUGAUUUUUUAUGAAAAAUACUUAUAACAAAAUUGGUGCUUUUACAAUUAUGAACGCGUUGGUUGUUGUUGGGUAGUACGCGCGUCCGAAUUGUGGUUUUUAUUUUAUUUACAAUAAUCAUCGAUGUGCGUGCUGCAAUAACCAGUUCAUUAACAGUUGUUUAUUAAAAAAGAAAAUGGUUUUAGUAUUGUAACGGUGAGCUAACAAUGUCUCUUCAGCGCGCGUUGAUUCGAUGCAAUUGUUUAGUUGAUCAUCGGUUUUGUUUUCCGUGAGUAACCUGAGAUGUGUUAGCUCACCGUAAAGGUUCUGCAUGAACUUUACACCAACGAAUUUAUAGCUUCUAACACAAUACUCGAGUAUAUUUUGUAAUUUAUGUAUUAAGAACUUUUGUUGUUUUUUUUUAUUAUCGAGCCGCAGCUAUAACAAAGAAACUGUAACGAACGAACAAAAACCUAAGAAUUAACGAAGCCCCCGACUAGUGUCUUAUACACGGCGCGUCCGCGUGGACGCGUCCCUCACAUUACUAAGUAGUAUUUUUGGUAGUUCUUAGUUUUACGCGUUUAUGAUUAUGCUCUAUGGAAAAAAAAGUAACGAUUUAUAUUAUUAUAGAAAUACUGAGUUAACACGAUUAAUGCGUAGUAUUAACCAAGCGAGUGAUAUUUAACAUAUUAUUAUUGAUGUAGUUAUUUAAUUCUCUCUUUCACUUGAAUCUUUUUGUUCUUUAACGUGUCGUUUCUUAAUUAUUGUCUAAUUAUUGCGUAAUUAACUUAUUUUGUACCCAAAAUCAGUAUUGUAUACGUUUUUAUAACCACAACACCACAACACACAACUCACACCCCCCAUGAUACAUCGAUAUAACAAAGCAAAAAAAUGAAUAUUACCGAAAUGCGCCAAUUGUAACUUAUGUAUUUUUGUAAUCGCUAUGUUAAAAUUGACUCGGCAUGCAGUGCGGAGGUGUGCGGUUUUCAUGCGCGAAUCUCUUCACGAACACGAUUUUUACAUGCGUUAAUUAUUAUUAUUAUUAUUAUUAUAAUGUACAUUGUUUAGUUAUGAUAUUUUUUUGGCAGCUGUGCCUCUAAAUUAUACAACACACCACUUUGAAUCAACCACCAACCCAGAGGCUACAAUAAACUCAACUACCAUUUGAUGGCAUCAUCAGUAACGCAGACACAGAGACGAAUACUGAACGAUUCGGAAAAAAAUGCAUUGACAUUGUUUUAAGUUUUUUUUUUUUUUGUAAUGCUAAUUUUAAAAGUGACUGUUAUACACACAGAAUGUUAUUUAUUACCAUUGGCAAUUUCGUAUUAUAGGAAUGAUUGUGAUAACAAAACUGGAGACAAACGAUAACUGAGAAAUGUAAAUGUUGCAUGUUGGACUUAAACAAAUUUCAUGGACGUUUCAUUCUUAUAAUUCGAUGUUGAAUGUGCAGUGCCGGGCGCGCUGUGACUGAUCAAUUGAAUGAAAAUGAUACUAUGUUGAUGCAUUGAUAUAUUAAUAUUGAAUGUAAUGAUAACAACAGAAUUUUUAAGUAUGGAACAGACACAUUUAUGUAUAAAAGUUAUAUAUAAGUCGCUAAUAAUAGUUGAAAUAUUUUUCUAUGGAAUAAUAAAACAUGGCUGCUAA